UCUCACACGCAGUCUCUUUCUCACACACACACAAACACACACACAUACUCCGUCUCUCUCACACACUCUGUGUGACCAGCCCAGCCAGCAGGCCCGUUUCGGAGCAGGGGAGCCCAGUAGAGACCUAUCCCAGGAUGGAUGUACUGAUGAGAGGGUUCAGCAUGGCUAAGGAGGGGGUGGUGGCCGCAGCAGAGAAGACCAAGGCUGGGGUGGAGGGGGCAGCUGCCAAGACCAAGGAGGGGGUCAUGUAUGUAGGUUCAAAGACAAAGGAGGGAAUGGACGCAGGAGUAAACAAAGUUGCUAACCGCGACCAGGCAAACAUCGUCGGAGACCCCACUGCUGCCGGAGCUGACCUCUCGCAGGGUGGCAUGGAGAACACCGGACAGGCGGCGGAAUAUGGAGGAAUGGAGCAGGGAGGAGAAGGAGAGGGCUCUCAGGGCGGCUACUAGUCAUUCCAGGGACCUCUUCUCCCCAGCCCUCCGUUGGGACCUCUUCUCCCCAGCCCUCCGUUGGGACCUCUUCUCCCCAGCCCUCCGUUGGUCGCUCGCUCCCCUCGCCCUGCUGUUCCAGACUUCCAGAUGUUCUACUUAUUUUUUUGUGACUUUAUGGAACCAAAACCGAUACAGACUCUUCCAGAUACCCCCUUUGCCCCCCUGAUACCCCAUGAGACCCUUUGUUUCCCCAACAGCCCCCUUCUGCCCCCCUCUCCUGUAUAGCUCCCCGCCUUUGUGUCGUUGUUGUCAUGUUGUUACCCCUAGUGUUAUGUUCUGCCUAUCGCCACCCAAUACCCUAUCAAGAGACCUGCACACACACAUGCACACACAUGCACAGCAAAAAUACACACAUGCGCACACAAACACAAAUGCACACAUGCACGCACACACACACACACACACAAACACACACCCACACAGGGUAGAUAAGAGCUGUGAUGAUUAUUUAGGAUUACAGAACCACAGAGAGAUUGAUUGUAGUUUGGAUGUGUUUGUCUGUGUUAGACGUGUCAGGUAGUAGGCCAGUUCAGGGGUGUUCUGUCCAUGAGAUGCUGCUGUAGGGACAUGUGCAAUGAAUUAGAGCGUGUGUGUGUUAAAGUGUGUUUGGUCAUACAUGUAACAGGGUCAUAUUGUUACAAAAUGAUUAACUAGCCUGCUUACAUUGUUGCACUUGCUAAGUCGAGGGGUCUUAGGCCUAGUUAACUGGUCUGUAACCUGAUUUGAUGUGUGCAUUAACAUGAGUAGGAAACGUAUGUGACCAGGUGUUGAAUGUACAUGCGCCCAGGAGACAGCCACCUUCCCUUAAGUCCAGGGCCAGCUCCGUCUUGACCUCUUGAUCAGCCAGUCCAAGCAGAUUAUUAUUUGUUCAGAUGGUGAAACAUAAAUAUGUACAAAAACAAAACAAGAAAAAGGCAUGCCCAAAUAAAGAAGUUAACUAACACGAAGAAACAAACAACUAAAGAGUUUAACUAACACAAAGGAACAAACAACUAAAGAGGUUAACUAACACAAACAAAGAAACAAAAGGCCGGCAGAGAGGCUUCUGGCUCCUCUCUUUCUCCCAGACUGGCAAUCCGUCCAAUUGGCUGCACCUGAUAUUCUUUUCAAGGCUUAGCUCAGCACUUAGACCUGCCCACUGCCACCUGGGGGUGGAGUAUGGAAGUGUAUCCUGGAUAGUGUGUUGCCUAACUACAUUACCCCGCAUUUCAUAACAAUAUGUCUUGAGACACGCCAGAAAGCAAUACACAUGUUCUGUUAGUGUGUGUGAGAGGAAGAAUGCUCCUGCCACCACUGGGAAUUACAUAACAACAGAAGAUAUCAAUAUACGCAAUACACUACAGUGGUUUUGGUCUAGCCUGGGUUUAGUCUGGGUCUAGAUCUGGCCUGGAUCUACUGGCAGGGUUGGAAGGGAGAAAAGCAGAAAGCGAUUCAGAAUGAUGAUACUUGUGAAAAUAUGUUGUUGUCAUAGUAAUACCAAGCAAUAGUCAGGCAGACAGGUAGAGUAGAAGAGCAUCACACAUAGGGAAUGCUGGGAAAUGUAUAUUAAAAUCGAUGUUUGAUUCCCCCAAAAAUAGUCAAUUUUCUACUGUCAUUGGUCAACUACUCCUAUUGUCAACCAUCUCAGCCAAUCAGAGGCUUCCUCUGCCCUGUCACUCAGUGUGUCCCACCCUUCCCUGUGUCAGCAAGUAACAUUAGAGACUAAAACAGGUCUGCCCUGUGCAGGUACAAAGAGUGUGUCUGUGUGUGUGUGUGUCUGUUACAUAUACAGCAGGUCAGUCCAGCAUCAGUGUCUGUAUUAUAGAGCAGGUAUGUGUGUAUUAUUACUUUGAGGUCAAUGGAAACUGAUUACUGCAUGUUGCCUUAUCCAGCACUCUUAUAUUCACACAUCACACACACACACACACCACACACACACGUACCCGCAUAAACCCACAAUCCAUACACACAGUACAUUCAUAAAGCACACAAAAAUAAUACAAACACUCACACCAUGUUUAAGUUGGCAUCAAAGCAGACUACACAGACUGAUUUUAUAAACAGUACCAGUGAAUUAAAGACAGUUUUGUUGAAAUCCAAA